AUGUCGCCGGCGGUCUUUGUUUUUACUCACCUAACCAUCUUUACGCAAAGUGGAGAUAAAAAAUAUGUUUUCCAAGGAACUUUUGGUAUAAAAUCAACAGUUCAGUGGCGAAAAGAACUUACUCUCUUUGCAGACCUUGGAUACUUCCUACUGACUACUGUUGCGGGUUUUCAAACUCUUGGAGAAGAAUAUGUGAAUAUCAUUCAAGUCAAUCCUACAUUAAGGCAACAGCAGCCAUCAUUGAAAAGACUUUUGAUGAUAAUUCUACAUGUGUCAAGUCCUUACGUUCUACAAAGAAUCCUGGAUAUAUGCCACCGUCAGCUAACUACUCCAGGUUCCAACCUUGAUUUCUUGUCACCACAGUCUAAGCAUUUCAUUCUCAAAAUCAUCCCUGUCAUCAAGCAAUGUCUUAUGUUUGCCCACAGACUUCAUCUUGCUGCUUUCUACCUGAAAGGAAUUUUCUAUCACGUUGCCAAAAGAGUUACUAACACACAUUAUGUACAGUUUUCUACAAAACCCCAAAGAUCCCUUGCAAUCUUCCGGGUGCUGGGUUGGUUGGCUGCUGCUCAGCUGAUUGGAGGGUCAAUGGUCAGUGUGCACCGAUUCAUCCAGACAUGGCAGGAGGAAAUUAAGGAGCCAGUGACGCAGAUACAAACCAAACAUUUCCAUGAGAAGCUUUCUCAUGACAAAUGUUCAUUAUGUCUGGAACCACGACAGAACACCACUGCAACACCUUGUGGCCAUCUUUUCUGCUGGAAUUGUAUUCAGGAAUGGUGCCAAACUAAAGGUGAAUGUCCUCUGUGUCGUGAGAAAUUUACCACAAGUCGCCUCAUCUUCCUUCAGAAUUAUGAUGGAUGA